UGAUCCGUACAGCCAUGUCCAACAUGGACCGUGAGACCAGGGACCGCUACGCCGUGGUGAUCCAGGCCAAAGACAUGGCGGGGUCGGUGGGAGGACUCUCCGGAUCCACUACCAUCAACAUCACCCUAACAGACGUCAAUGACAACCCUCCCAAGUUCCCACAGAAGAGCUACCAGCUGUACGUUACCGAGCUGGCUCCGCUGGGGAAGGCUGUGGGUCGCAUCAGAGCCACUGAUGAAGACCAAGGACAGAAUGCUGAGAUGACCUACAGCAUCACCAACGCAGAGGCAGCUGCGAUCUUCUCUAUCAGCACUGACGAAAGCCACAGGGAGGGAAUCAUCUCCCUCAAGCAGCCGCUCACACACAAACAGCGCUAUCACGAGGCUCACCUACGUACGUACAGUAAUAAACCUCAGUUCACUUCCAUAAAUUCCUCCAACGCCGUGUCUUGGCAGCGGAAGGAGAACAUUGGCUUCUGUUUGUGGGUGGUACACAGUGAAGACACAGGCGUGGAGAUCAUCCUCGCUGCUGCAAAUACCUGA